AUGGGUCAGAAAUCUUCGCAGAUGACUGGCGAAGAAGAGUCUUUCCCCGAAGCUCCACACCUCUCACCCGUCAUGGAGUUCUCCAAAAAGAAAAAAAAGUCCCGCUCCAAACGACGCUCCUCUCCACUACACGCCGUCGGUGAUGGCCUCGAGGCCGAAGACCAUCCAGACCUCCCUCCCCUUGAAGACGCAGACGAGUCGGCCCCUAAACGCAAACGCGACUCGGAACCAGCUGAGCCCAAGAAAAAGAAGAAGAAGAGGCACGCACCCAAGGACAACAUAACUGUCACCAUGCCGUCUUCCCCGGGAUCAAACGGCGUCUCCUUCACCGCUGUGAACCAAGCUCGCCCUGUCCCCGAAUCUCAACAGGUUCCUCCUUCCUCGCAGCCAGAAAAUUCCCCGACGCCAUCCCGUGCAUCUCCAGAUCAAAAUGGAGAGGAACCCAUCACUCCUCAGCCUGUUCAACACGUCCCCUCGAGACCGACAUCGGCAAGCCAGGAGCCCAGCGGCGAGCGCGACUCCUCGACUCCCAACGCAGAAGAAAAGAAGAGGAAAGCCAACAGGAGAUCACGACGAGGGAAGAACGACAUGAAAGUCGGCUUCUUCACGGACGAAGAAGUUCAGAGAAUGGAGGGGUUCAAGCUGGCAUUCUGCGCGGAACAUCAAAUCGAAGGACCGCAGUUCGACAUGCUGGUGCAGUUCUCCCAGCGUGGCCCAGAGAAGGAAUUCCCACUUGAAAAUGCCUCCAUCAACAAGGCCGAAUUUUGGUCCAGGAUCCUCGGCACUCUCCCGGACCGCGAGAAACGAUCCGUGUAUCGGUUCAUGCGGCGACACUUUCAAGCCUCGGGGCAGAAAGCGCAUGACUGGACACCAGAGCAGGACAAGGAAUUCAUCCAACUCGUUGCCCAAAUGGGGCCUAAAUGGAAGGAAAUUGCCAACAUGCUCGGCCGCUCUGAUGACGAUGUCACGCAGCGGUGGAAGAACCGCCUGGAGCACCGCGAUAAGAUGAGACACGGUGCAUGGGAGGAGCCCGAGAUCCGCCUGCUGCUUGAGGUAAUUGAGGGCAUGUGGAGGGGUUUGAAACAAACGGUCCCGGAAAGCUGUGGCAAAGACAUGUUUGAAAUGGACGACAAGCUCCUCGCGUGGGGUUCUGUGAGCGAUGCAAUGGGGAACAUCCGAUCUCGACAACAGUGUGCAGAUCGAUACCGCAAACUUCGCUCCCAUGUCCGCGGACUACGGGUCAGGUCAGGCGAUCCAAACGCAAUGCCUGAUCUCGCAGACACAGCAAAGAAGAAUGCCAGCUGGAACAAAAGAUUCAUGGUGAAGGAUCAGGCGAUCAGCCUGGAAUACGUCCAGGAUGAGGGCAGUGACGAGGACUCAGUCGGAGACGAUGUUCCAGCUGAAUCUCAAAGCCUCAGACGUGGAUUCAGCAUGACGGAGGAAAACGCGGCUCUUGCUUCAUCCCAGGGGAAGAAAGAGGCGCAAGCCGCGCUCGCUUCCAUGUCUCAGGAGAAUGCCAAAUCUGAAUCUGAAGUUCAAGCUACAGCUGCUACUGACAAUCAACCACCUGUGGUCUCUUCCGCCAAAAAAUCAAAGAAGCGCAAACACGCCGAGACAAACACUACGGAAGCUGAGGCGCCCUCCUCACCAGCCCCUGAGGCCGACAACGGAGAGCAACCGGAGAAGAAGAGAAAGAAGAAGAAGAAGCAUUCCGAAGCAACCGAGGCCGAAGUCAACAGAGAAGACGCCAACACUGCAGUGACCGCGGCUGCAGAGGAUGCGGAGCACGCGGAGAACGGCGAGAAGAGGAAGAAAAAGAAAAAGAAGAGCCGCAAGUCCGCUGCAUCCGAGCUCAAUGGCGUCUCGGACAAUGAACAAGAACCUGCACCUGAACCUGAGCCCGAAGUUGAGCCGACGGAAUCAAUCAAGAAACGCAAGAAGAAGUCCAAGAAGAAUAAGGACAAUGCCAUUGGUCUACCGGCUGCCGAAGAGAGCGAUGACGAAGAAACCAACAUCGGCCGCAGCCAGGCCUACGAGCUAUCAUCGACAUAUGCCCCUCCGCCACCGAUGUCCCCGUUAGGCAAUGCUGUCGAUGAUCAAGAAGAUGUCAAGGUGGAUCUUGAAAAUGUAGACUCCGAAAUGCAGUAUGGCAGCGACUCAUCGGAUGAGGAUUCCGAGGUGUCGGUUAAGGAGUACGGAUCUGAGUCGGAUUGA